GUUGUGGGAGAAUAUCCUCCCACUACAGUCCAGUAAGGAUGUGUAAGCACGCGGACAGGAGAAAAGACAAAUGUAAAUAGCAUUUCACGAACAUUUCAAUGUCGCUGAAACCGCAGGCUGAGGAGAGAAGCGCCUUCUUCAUCGGCGCUGACGAUAAUGUCUCUGAGGAGAAGGAGGGCCACCAUGAACUUAUACUUCAGAAAGGCAACGCUUUAGCGUCUGAGGACUGUCUGAAGGAGGCCAUUGACUGGUUCUCCGCGGCUGUCCAGUACGGUCCAGUCCGUCCGGAGCAGCUCGGCACUUUGGUUGAAUGUAUCCUCCGGAACUUCCGGAGGAGGGCGGAGGGCCCGGGUGUCCGUGCGGACCGGAGCUGGGACGCAGCGGGGUUCGAUUGCCCCGGCUGUCACAGCUUUUUGGGCCAACCGGUCACCGUAGCCUGCGGACACUCGUACUGCAAACGGUGUUUACGCCGGCGGCUCGUGUCCAAAUGUCGGCUGUGCGGCGAGGCUGUGAGCGGGAAGGAGAAAGCUAAUGUGACUCUGUGCGCACUCCUCGAAAAGUGGUUCCCGGACGAGCUGGAGAAGUCCCGAACGUCGCGCGAAGUGGACUCGCUGUGCAGAAGAAAACUCUACAAUGAAGCUGUGUCUCUCGCGAGCGACGCUCUCCGCUCAGAUCCACUUUUGACCGAGGCUCGACUGUCCCGAGCCGAAGCGUACACGGCUCUGAAACGGUACCGACUUGCUUUGGAGGACAUCAGAGUUUGUUCCAAGUCCAGCUGUUCUGCUGAGACUCUGUUCAGGAAAGCGACGGUUCUGCAUGAAAUGGGUCAGGUGGACGAGUCCCUCCAAGUCUUCCUUCACUGUCUGACCAUUGACGAGGACUUCCCCGGUGCUAAAAGACACGUGGAAAAGAUCUUGUGCGACCUGCUCUCUCCGGUUGAUGAGAACGUGAAAGUUGGUCUGAGGGAAACGUCGCAGAACCUGUUGCCUCACCUGCGCACCAAAACUCCAGUGGAAGAUGCUCCAGUUCUGCCAGAGGGCCCGGUUCUGAAACAGCACCAACACCAAAAAUGGUGUGAAAGCUCGGUGCGCUCCGGUCUAAGUCGAGCCCAGUCGCUGCGAAUGCACGGCUGCAGUAGCAGUGAAGAGGGGCUGAAGAGGGUUAGCUCGGCUCCUCAGCUGGGUGACCAGGACAAGGGGAGUCUGCUGAAGAGGAAGCUGUCCGUGUCAGACAUGGAACCGUGUGUUGUGGACUGUGGAAGCAGCAAACACAAAAAACAAGGUGUGGCAAAAUGCGCCAAACACCAAAGUGGCAAAGCACAACCCUGCAGACAUGUUCCUGAGGAUCUGUUGGACCCCAGUGACCUGGAGUGUUCCCUCUGCAUGAGGUUGUUCUAUGAGCCUGUGACUACACCGUGUGGCCACACGUUCUGUAAGAACUGCUUGGAGCGUUGUUUGGACCACACUCCCCAGUGUCCCCUCUGCAAAGAGAGCCUAAAAGAGUAUCUCGCCUGCAGGAAGUUCAUGGUGACGGCUGUCCUGGACACGCUGAUCAAACAGCACUUGAGUGGAGAGUAUGAGGAGAGGACUAAAACUCAUCUGGAGGAGAACAGAGAGCUUUCAGACCUGACAAAGAAUGUGCCUAUUUUUGUGUGUACCAUGGCCUACCCCACUGUGCCUUGUCCCCUGCACGUUUUUGAGCCACGUUAUCGCCUCAUGAUUCGCCGCUGCAUGGACAUAGGCACACACCAGUUUGGGAUGUGUAUUAACGACCCUCAAAAAGGGUUUGCAGAUUAUGGAUGCAUGCUGAUCAUCAGGAGCGUCCAUUUCCUCCCCGAUGGACGAUCUGUGGUCGAUACCGUCGGAGGAAAACGCUUCCGGGUUUUGUCUAGAGGAAUGAAGGAUGGUUACAACACUGCAGAUAUCGAGCACUUGGAGGACAGCAGGGUGGACGACGGAGAAGAGCUAGAAAAGCUGCAAGAACUGCACGAUGCGGUGUAUGACCAGGCCCAAGUCUGGUUCCAGAACCUGAAGAUCCAUUUCCACAACCAGAUUCUGCAGCACUUUGGACCAAUGCCAAAACGAGAAGCUGACAUUCAGGCGACUCCAAACGGUCCAGCUUGCUGCUGGUGGCUGCUGGCCGUUCUGCCCAUCGACCCGCGGUACCAGCUCUCCGUUCUCUCCAUGACCAGCCUCAAAGACCGCCUGGUGAAGAUUCAGCAGAUCCUCGCAUAUCUGCAGAGCAUCCCCAACAACUAGAGCUUCCUCCUCAACAAACGUCCUCCUGGGACUUUGAAGGGACGUUCAGGAAAACACCAAGCAGCUCCACGUCAGCUCCUGUCCGCUGCCAGCUGAAAGCAAUACUUUGAGGCGUGAGACGCUGCAGUUAUCG